AUGCCCGCAAGAGGAGGAGGGCCGCUUGGAGGGACAAUGGGAGCAUCGACUUCCUCAAACUCAUCACUGAUGGCAACGCUCAAACCUGAAGAGCGUCAUGAACUCGAGCAGUACGAAAAGAUCCUGCGCUUCCGCGAUGAGGUGGUCAGCGGUACACACCCGCGCAUUAAGCCAACACAUGUUGGAAACCCGACCAGCGGCCCUGGGCCAGUCCCUCCAGCCAAUGCCUCUUCCACCGCUUCGGCAGGCCAGGCGCCUGGGGGACCAAAGCCGGCUGUGAAUGGGAACCGCGCAAUGACUGAUAACUUGCAGCAGGCAAACCUCAAGAAGCCGGCGGUGAAUCUGGGUGGGAACGUGCUGCCUGGCUUGGGGACCUUGUCCAACUCUUCUUCUACCGAGCAGUCCAAGCCGAAAGUCGAAAUCAACCCCAUCUUGUUGGAGAAGUCGGAGGACUUGAUCAAAGCCGAGAUUCAGCUGCAAAGACAGCGGAUCGAGCGUUCUCUCCGCGAAGACUUUGAGCAGCGGAAAGUGUCCCAUAAGGGCGCCCUGCAGCCGUCCGAGCAGCCUGCUGACUUCGACAUUGCCGAUGUGUUGGCCAAAGCAUUGAUCCUGGUUCAAGCAAAUGCCGCUCAAACUACUACUGAUGACACUGUUGCUAACGCUUCAGCUUCGGGCGACUCGUUCGAUGACAACACGUUUUACUCGAGCCAACACGGCACCCCCGACUCUCACCACGAGCUAGCUCGCGUUCCCAACGAGUCCGAAGACGAGCAGAUGCGCGAUGGCUCUCCCUACGAACCCGAGCUAGACCUCGAGCCCCUUGCGGUCCCAGCCGCCAACCACCCCAAGCCUCCUCUCCCGAGUGCGCCGGCAGCACCUGCAAACCAACCGUUCAACGUAAACGUGCCGGACACGUCGAGCGCGGCUACAAGUGUCAGCAGGGCUGCUCGCCAAUUGCCCCCGUCCGAAGCUGUCAGUUCUCGUGACAGUGGCCCGGCAAGUCGGUCCGAAGAGUCGACGACCCAUACAGGAAAGGAACGGGGUGGUGGUGGUGGCUCGCGAGACUUGUCGAGAGUUAACGAGCAGCUAUUGAGACAGGCGGUAGGACCUGCGGGGUCACCAGUUGUUCGUGCCCAUAAUCUUUCCCCUUUCGCACCCCAGCCAUCCCGUGUCUCCCCCUUGCCUACUGCUGCUCUUGAACAGCCGAUUGCUCUAUCGGAGACGGGCGGUCGUCGGGCCACUCCGCCUCCGGCCCAGGGGGUUGCUGCUCUCAGGAAGCAGCCUUCAGCUGUCUCUAGUCCGGAAAGCUCACCCCACGGAGGAGAAAGGCCUGGGGAGAGGAAGAAAAACAAGAAAAAGAAGAGAAAGGCAGACCGACUUGCCGAGGCCGCUGCCGCAUCGCCGUACAUUAAGCCUGAACCGCGAUCCCCAUCUCCCAUGUCAGCUCCCCAGUACACACGUCCGGCCAAGCGUCAGAAACAGGGGCAGCAACAACACCACCACCAAGGACCUGACUAUGAUGAUGCAAGGUAUGGACAGCCAGGUUCCGUAGAGGGUGCCUACCAAGAGCGCCUGCAGCCAAGAGUACAGAGGGAGGAGCGGGUUGUUGGAUAUGAGCGGGAAAUCGACCCUCGUUCUCGUCUUGAGGGCGAGCCUCUGCUCGCCACCCCCAGGUAUGAAAGGGUCUACUACGAUGAUCCCAGAGCACCAUUCAGUGGUGGUCGGUUGCCCGGCUCGCCAGGCAUGCAUCCUUCCCCUUAUAUCCCCCGCGAGGUGCGCGUUGCUCCGAGGAACGUGAUUUACGAGGUUCCUCCGGCAGAUGAUGGUUAUUAUCGCGAUGUUCGUGCUGCUUCAAGGAUGAGCAUGCGCCCCGCAGCGUAUCGUGAGCGCUCUUCCCGAUCGCCAGUUGCGUACGAGCGUGUUGCACAGCCAAUGGCUCCUCCUCCCAGGAUGCCCGCCACUCGCAUCGUUGUUGAUGCUUUCGGUCGGGAGUACAUCGAGCCGCCCCGGCCCCAAAGUGUGGUUGCAGAUAGACCCGAGAUUGUAGUGUACAGGGAGCGUGCUUAUUCCACUCACCCCAUGGCCCCACCGUCCGGCGACUACGUGCCGUCCAGACUGCGGCCUGUUGUCGAGACGCCUCCGGACUACAUUGCGAGACCGGGUAGCGUCCGCCCGCCGAUGGAUCCCCCUCGCUACGAGAGUGUUGCAGCUUACGACCUGCGGGCGGUGGACGAGCGCCCUCGCGAAUACUAUGGCGGCAGAGCAGCUAGUGUCCGGCCAGUGGCAGAGGCAGUCCGCUACGAGGCUCCUCCUCCUCCUGCUCCUCCUCUUGGCUACGAAAGACGCAUGGGAGGAGAGCCAAGCCUCAGGGAAUAUGCCACGAUUCGUUCAGCAAGCGUUAGGCCGCCCCCUCUUGACGCGGCCUCUAGGUAUGAGGUUAGAGGCGACUACGGAGCAAGGCUGGGAAGUGUGCAGCCGGAGAUGGUCGGUCGUGAAUAUCAGGGACGUCAGGAGUUACGGAGAGAGGUUAUGCAUCCGCCUCCGCCGCCGCCGCCGGUGGGAGGGCGCGCUUAUAGUGUGUUUCCCCCCGAGCAGCCGCCUACUCAGGUGAUGCGUGGAGAUGGCGGUGCGUAUGGGGAUGAGAGGUACUAUGCAAGGCCGCCGCCUGUUCAGCAGCAGCAGCAGCAGCAGCACCAGGAGGAUGAUGAGGUUGUUUACUUGGACCGGCCUCCCAUGCGGGAUGUCUAUCGGCAAUAAGAUUGGGGUUUCAUG